AUGAACUCUGAGCAGUACUUCAGCUUUGGACUUGGCAGGGCUGUAGCACAAUCUGGGAACACUUACCACCAUUUGGGGAAGCUCACAUCGCUGCGCGACACCAAGACAGAUGGCAGCUUCCUGGUGCACCACUUCCUCUCCUUUUAUCUCAAAGCUGGCUGUAAAGUCUGUUUUGUGGCCCUGCUCCAGUCCUUCAGUCACUAUAACAUCAUAGCACAGAAGCUGGGAGUCAGUCUGACUGCAGCAAAGGAGCGGGGACAGCUUGUGUUCUUGGAAGGCCUGAAAUCCUGCUUUGAUGUCUUGUUUGGUGAGGAGCAGCAUGUGGGGCAGACCAAUCCCCUUCGGUUUGUAAGCGAAGAUGGCUCCAACCUGAAAACCAUGUAUGAGUUUGUCCGGACAUCCCUGAUGGCCUCUGGUAGUGAUUCCUGGAAAUGCCCCGUGUUGCUGGUGGAUGAUCUCAGCGUCCUGCUCAGCCUGGGUGUGAGGCCGGUUGAUGUUUUGGAUUUCAUCCAUUACUGCAGAGUUGCAGUGUGCUCCCAGUUAAAGGAGCGAGGUGUCCUGUGCUGA